AUGACUCCCAGUAACUACCCCAAUGAUGAUACAGUAACAGAGAUAUGGGAAGCAUUACACGAAUGCUCAUUUACUGGCUCCCUAAAGACUAAUACAAGUGUUCCAGUGCAGAAAUGUUCCGGCAAUGAAUCUCUGGAUGAUGAGGCUUUAUCAAGGUUUGGUAACUUUGACUUCAGAGUUGGUUACCAAGUUUAUACUGCAGUCUAUGCAUUGGCUCAUUCCCUUCAUAAUCUGUUCUCUGCUCGGGCACCGGCCCAUCCCCAGGCACCAGCAGGGAGCCUAAAGCACAGAUUCAAGCCAUGGCAGUUAAAUGCUUUUAUUCACAAUGUGACUUAUAAAACUCCUUCUGGUGACAUCAUGUCUUUCAAAGCCAAUGGAGACCCUCCAGCGCAUUUUGACAUUGUUAAGUGGCUCUUCUUAAACGAUGGUUCUACUGUGAGCAGGAAGGUUGGGAGUUUUGAUGAGUCAAAUGAAGAGAAUCAGCUUUACAUUAAUUCCAGUGCUGAUUGGUGGAGUCCAUACUUCACAGAGAUGCCUCGGUCCCUAUGCAGCGAGCCCUGUUCCCCAGGAUACAGGAAGUCUAAAAUAGAAGGGGAGCCCCCUUGUUGUUACGACUGUGUCCAGUGUGGAGAUGGGGAAAUGUCUAACACUACAGAUGCAGUGACCUGUGUAAAAUGCCCUGAAGACCAGAAGUCUAAUAGACAGAAGACUGACUGUGUCCCUAAAGCUCUAAAUUACCUUUCUUAUAUGGAUACCCUGGGGGCCAGUUUAGCUUCCGCUGCUAUAAUUCUCUUCAUCACAACUUCUGCAGUUUUGGGAAUCUUUGUAAAAUAUUGGGAGACUCCUAUUGUGAGAGCCAAUAACCAAAAUCUCAGCUGUCUCCUCCUCAUCUCUCUCAUGUUGUGUUUCCUCUGCACUUUAUUAUUCAUUGGGCACCCAACUCAGAUAUGUUGUCUCAUCCGACAAGUAACAUUUGGGAUUGUAUUUACUAUUUCUGUUUCUUCUGUGUUGGCUAAAACUCUCACAGUUAUUAUUGCCUUCAAUGCCACAAAGCCUGGGAGCAAGCUGAAGAAGUAUGUAGGAACCCAACUAGCCAUCUUAGUAGUCUCUGCAUGUUUUUCGGUUGUGACUCUGAUCUGUGUUGUAUGGAUGGCCUCCAGCCCUCCAUUUCCAGAGGCUGAUACUUCUUCUGAAACUGACACCAUUAUUCUACUGUGCAAUGAAGGAUCAGUCACUUUCUUCUUCUGUAUAAUUGGAUAUAUGGGAACGUUGGCCCUACUGAGUUUCAUUGCUGCAUUUCUAGCCAAGGAUUUCCCUGACCGAUUUAAUGAGGCUAAAAACAUCACUUUCAGUAUGUUGGGGUUCUGUAGCGUGUGGGGGGCAUUUGUCCCUGCAUACCUGAGCAGUAAGGGCAGUAGAAUGGUGGCAGUUGAGAUAUUUGCCAUAUUAGCCUCCAGUGCUGGGUUACUGGGCUGUAUAUUUGCCCCUAAAUGCUACAUUAUUUUUUUUAGACCAGAGAUGAACAUAAGAGAGAUUGUUGUUAGAAAAACUUCCCCAUGCAAUAUUUCAUAUUAACCUAAAAUCUGAGGGUCACUUAAGGUACUUUAGUGUAUGCAGUGAAUUAUACAAUA